CCCCGCGCCCGCAGUCGACGUCUGGCGAUCGGCGGAGCAGGUCUCUUCGGCGGCGCUCGCUCCGGCAGACAAAAGUGCGUCCUGCAGCUCGUCCUCGUCCUCGAAGAUGGCGGCGACGGCCAAGGAGGUGGUGGCGAGGCUCAAGGGCGAAGGCUGGUCUCUGAGUGAGGAAGGCGUUGAGAAUCUCCUGGAAGGAAACCACUUCAGCUUCCAGAAUGCCUCUCAAGAAAUCCUCAAUAGUGACUUGAAGGAUGUAGGUGCACCUUGUCUUCCAGAGGACUUAAAAGGCAAGAACAAGACAUUGACAGGGCCCAUGGUUCUGCAAGUGUCCAAAAUCCGCAAUGUGUCGGCCCCAAAAGCCUUUGCUGACUCCAGUGCAGCCCCGCGUCUACUGCGACUCUCCCUUACUGAUGGUACAAACACAUUUCAGGCCUUAGAGAUCCAGAACAUUAAAGUCAUCAGCCUCAAGACGGCUCCAGGGACAAAGGUUCGCAUACUGGGCAAGAUCUCCUUUGGGGCAGGAUACGCCCUGCUGACCCCAAGUAACAUAGCUGUUUUAGGAGGCAAGGUGGAGGAGCUGUACGAGAAAUGGCGACUGUCACAGAGUGUCUCCAAAUUCAGCCGCAAUGUGCGGGCUGCAGAUGGGUCGGGGCCCCCCCUUUGGGUCCCCUUCGGAAAGCGCAUCGUCAAGGACCAAGCAGAGAUGAAGCAGUUCAAGGCCCUGAAGGAUAAGGAGGGCGAGAAGGACAAGGAGGACGAUGAGUUUGAGAACCAGCGCAAGCAGACCGUCAAGGAGCUGGCCAAGGAAGGUAGUAGUAAGGUGAGGCAGAGGGAAGGACAGAGGCUGUCACACUCCAACAUUGUGCGUUCCCAGGACUCUCCGCCCUUCUCUCGUCUCCAGCACCCCUGCAACGCCAACGUUUAUCCACCACUGUACCGCAAUCCUUGCGCCCCUAACUCGUACAAUUGUCGGCUUCCCCUUCUACAUGCUUUCCCCCUCGCCCCGACACGUUUGGACCCGCCACCGGAUAGCAUGUCAGUGAGACAUGGGGGGGAGACAAAGACACAAACACCACUGGAAAACCGCUUGACCGAUUGCCCAAUUCAGGCAGCGCCACUUGCCAAUACAACGGGGAUGAAGACUUACCCAAUCGUAGACCCUGGAGUUGCUCACCUUGCAAACUUCUGUCACGCAGGACGACUCGAGGUCAAUAUCACGAAAACAGGGGACUCUCGGCAAUACAUCUCAAACAUAGUGUCAGUAGUCUACCACAACAUGUCAUUCAACAGGAUCCAGCCUAUACGACCGGCUAUUAACAAAACUGCUCUCCUUACUCAAUACUCAGAAAUAUCACCCAGCAAGUUCUUAGCAAUGGCGGCUCAUUACGACGGGCCAAAGCCCCCUCAGAGGUUCCACAUGCCCGUCCCCUGGAGACCCCCAUCUCAACAACUCAUACAAUACAAGCUACACCACUCUAAUUCUCUUCAUCUGGAUCUGACAGCUCAGACAAGUCCCAAGUGUCAGCGUGAACACACAAAGAAUACCAUUUCUCCACCAGCACCGAAUGGAGAGGGUCAUAGUGACCGGGGCAAGGAACUUCAAUACUCGAGAGCUGAUAUUAACAACCAACCUCUCCAUUGUAUCACCGUUUCACAUGAAAGUCAGCCUUGCUUGCUCUUGGAAGGUGCAGUUAAGGAACCUAAUGAAAACGAAAGCCGCACACCGGCACGAGAACACAUCCUUAAAUCCCUGACCAAACGAGAGAACGAUGGCAAAAAACAAGCUGGUAGACGACUAACUCAAGGUCCUUCCCAAAGCGUCCCCAUCUCGACAGUUUUCAUUGGCAGACAAACACGCCGGAUCUACCACCCAAAGAGAAAAAACGGAUCAGACAACACACCCCCAAACGAAUACGUGCGACAGGCGACAGUAUCACCAGCAGGCGUAGGCCCUCACCUAACAACUUCCGUUAAGAAACGCAGAGAACCUAAAUUGAUGUAUCUCUUAGUAACGAACAACGUGAAAGAACGACGUUCAGGUUCAAGUAGACAUUUGACUAGCCCACGAAUCCCAAUCUACACAUCGAAGACUACCGAUACUACACGACGCUGUCACGAGCCAGAUACCGAGGCCCGCUUGAUUGAGAACGCCCCCACUAAAGACUCACACGGUACCCGAACGGGCAACUCAUCGCGGGAUUACGUCCUAUUCUACCGUCGUGUUCUGAACGUACAUCUAGCCCGGGUUAAGAAUGCAUAUUACUGGACAGAAACAGAUGAGUCCACACUAAACGCUUGGCCAAGAGGACGAUAUACCAUCUUCAGGCGCAAUGUACCGAUAAAACAGCCCAAUCCGUAUGCAAGAGUGAAGGUCGAGCAAUGGCUUGGGGCAACAAAAAAGGUAGAGCGGUCGCUAGGGAUCGAGGCAACCCGACGCUACAAAGUAACGAAGAACUGUGUCUCAGAGAACACCAAAAGACCUAGCGUACUCCACGCUGCCGGGUUGGCUACUAUAAAGUUACGCCACCUAGACUCAAGAACGCAAACCGCCAGGGGUCUCACGAUAUCUCGCCGCCGAACCACCUCUCAUUUUUACCGCCUAGGGCGGCAAGUCACCCCUACCCCCUAUACAGGUACCGGGCGAUCACUUUGGGACCGCCGUGAAAUGCGAGCGCUUGAUCGUGCGAUGGGCAGCACGAAGCACAAAAUCGCCCGUCCAGGUGCUGCAGUGGCAAACAUUGUGGUUCUGGCUCUCGAAAUGUGGUCAAACGGCUGGGAACUCAUGGGGUCCAUGAGUGGACAGCCUCCCCCUUCAGAGCAGAAGCGGCACCCCUCUCCAGACGAAGAGGACGACCGACGGGGCAGGGGAGGAGGCCGGGGGCGAGGGAAGGUCCGCGGCAGGGGCAGGGGCCGGGGAGGAGGGGGCCCAGACGAGAGCGACGACGACAUGCCCCUGCCGAACAUGCCCCGUCCCUCAGGACCCGCCUCGCUCUUUGACUUCUUUGAUGUCAAAAUGCAUGAGAAGAAAGAAACUGUGAACUUUGUAGAACCAGUGGCUGAUGUUAGAGGUGCAGCCUACCAGACUGGUCGUGGUGGUCGAGGCGGAGGAAGAGAAGGAAGGGGAGGGAGAGGUGGCAGAGGAAGAAUGUUGUCACGUGGAGGAGCUGUCAAUGGAAGGUCAACGCCCCCAGACUUGGCGUCAGAGAACUGGCCUGCUCCUGGGGAGGAGAAGACCACCCCUACCAGCAACAGGAGCUACUUCGAGAGCAAGGAGCUGAUGGAGGAGAAGGAGCAGGAGGAUAACCUGGCUCUCCGACACCAGCAGCUGCAGGCGAACGCUUUUGGGCGAGAGACUGCACCCAUAGCCUAUCGGAAUGACCACGGAGGGCAGUAUGGGGGGUACAGAGACUCCGGCAGAAGGGACCAUGGGGGAGGGGGGAGGGGCUCUUACGGCUCCCAGGACUCGAGAAGAACAGAACGUGGUGGCAGAGGUGGAGGAGGAGGAGGAGGGAGGGGCAAUAGCAGUGGUUACCGAGGCAGGGGUGGAGGCGUUGGUGGAAGUGGAGGCGGAGGAGGAGGUGGAUACAGAGAUUCAAGUGGUAACCCCAGAGGUGGAAGAGGGAACAGCAGUGGUGGCUAUAGAGGUGAUACUAACAGUUACCGGGAGGAUGGAGGUAAUUCAAACUUUUAUAGGAGUGAUGGGGGAGGCGGUGGCACCAACUAUAGACAGUACAAUGGAGCCAACAGUGGUUAUCGGGGCGGCAAUAGCUCUUACGGCAACUAUGGUGACGGUGCUAAUUAUGGAGGUGCUUUUAGGUCUGACAGUGGCAGCAGCUACAGAGAUAGUGGUGGCGUCUCCCGCAAUGACAGUUCCUACAGUACAGGCUACAAGGACGUACAGGGAAGUCGAAGCAGCUCCAACCAGUACAAUGCCCGGUACGAUUCCUAUGGCAGCAGGCAAGUGGGCCAGAACAGCUAUGAACCGAAUCCAGGAGGCCGAAAUGGCAUGGGAGGUGGUAGAGGAGGCAGCUACACCUCCGGCAGAGAAGGAGGCAGUGGGGGUGGCAGUAUGCAAGCAUCAAACAGCAGGUCGUCAAAGGAAAUGAGGCUCAUUCAGGACUUCCAGAGGAGCAUGACCCUAGCAGGAUGUUACCCACAAGAGAUGAUGAAUUAUGGCAGAUAUGAAGACGGACCAGAAUACACAGAUUUUUCAGGUACCUUGGAGUUUCACCGUGGCGGUGGCAGUGGGCGAGGCAGUCAGAGGAGAGGCGGAAGGGGAGGCUAUUACUAGCAAGGUCUUAACUUGGAGAAAGCAAAGAAAGGACUUUGUACAUCACAAGGAAGAAAUGAUGGUUAUGACAGCAGUAAAGUUUAUAAAGGAUCAUUGUAUAUUAUAAGAUACAGCUACAAUUUUCUUUGUGUUUACAUUGCUUUUAAGGAUGGACAUUGGUUGAAAAAAACCGGCAGUAGUCUGUCAAGAGAGAACUUGCUUGAGAGAUCAUGAUUAUAACCCCAGUGAAUAGCUGCCUGUUUGGGGACCCCUUUUAUUUAUUGUUUGAUAUUAAUGUUAUAAUUUUGUUUAUUCAUUUUGAAGGAAUUUACACAAUGCAUUUCACUUUUAAGAUGUAUUUUCUGCAGUACAGAACUAAAUUUAAAUGUUCCCUUAUUUGUGAAAUGUGUUCAGAAUAUGGACAAUACAAGAAGUUAAUCUUCAUGUGUUCAUUAGGGUUAUUAAUGUCUUUGGUAUUAUCCCUAUUAUUAUUGUUAUUAUUAAGUACAUUUAUUUUUCUUGUAUUUAUUCCCAAUCUCUUUUGCCAUUAACAAUGUGUUCAUUGUAAUAUGUCAGUUGCUUGAUAGUCAAUAAUCCUGCCAAAAUACCUUUACACAACUUAUCACUCAUGAGAAUGUUACAUUUUAUCACCAAAUGUUUCUGCUAAGGAAGGGAGAGGGAGAAAAACGUUGCGUUUGGACAUUCAUACAAAGGAAUUUGAUGUUUCUUGGUAAGGUGAUGGUUUACCAAGUUUGUUUGUAUCUUUGAUAUGUGCUGUGACAGUGCGUGAUACAAGUUUGAGAAAAUUUAUAGAAUAAGAAGAAAAAGCAAUAAAAUGAUAAUUAAAUGGAAAAGGAAGAGGAAAUAGAAAAAAAUACAAUCUAGAUAUUUUCUAAGUUUGUAAUGUUUACAAAAUUUACAGCAUUGUCUUUGGUAAUUUAUUGUUUAAGAAGGCAUUUGAUGUCAUUGAAUGAAUAAGGAAUUUUGUAGUCAGCAACAGCACACAGACACUGAGCAAUAUUUGUAUAGAUAGAUUGAAUAUUUGUAUCAUAAUUAUCAUAUGCUACUGUUGAAAUUAUGCAACAAAGGUUAAAGUUGAAAUAUUGCUUUUGUUAUGGUUAGAAAAAAGUCAUGCUAGUCAGAAAUCUUACUAUUUUGAGUUAAAAGUAGUGACAGUUAACUUCCAUUUUUGUUUCUCAUAUUCUUGACAUAAUGAAGUUUGAUAAACUUUUUAGGAAAAAUAUAAGGAAAAAAAUAUAACAUUUGUCUGAUAAACAUGGUGGCAUAUGAACUGUUCAACCUGCCUAUGUUGGUAAACUUCUUCUGGGCCUUUUCCCUUGUAACAGUCAUGAUAAAAAUCAAGAAAAAAAAGCUCUUUCUGCCAGUUUUGUACAACUUUCUUACAAGCCAUGCUUAUUGCCUAUAUCCAUAUUUAUUAUUUUUGUAAUGGCUGUAACGUUGUUUCUUGUACUGCAUCAGUUAUACAUAGUAAAGCCUCAAAACCAC